UAUCUUCAAGAUCGUAAUUAUUCCAAUCGUGCUUGGUCUAAAAUAUCUGGUCUUUCUAUUAAGGAGAUUAAUGCAAAUGAAGUUUGCUUUCUCAAGCUUAUUGAUUACAACCUUUUUAUAGCUGAGGACAUUUUUAAACGCUGGAGUACUCUUUUGCUAACUCAUAUUCAAGCUAUAUCAGGACCAGAUAUAUCAAAUCCGGAGGCAUUUAGGAAUGCUGAAAAUCAGAGUGAGGUUACUAGAUUUCGUGAAACUUUAAGAUUAAUGGACCCAAAGACCAUGGAAUGUAAACGUCCCCUCGGUUUUGGAAUUUAUCCCAUCACUCCUGCAGUGAGUGCUCCAGGAUCACCACGCGAAUAA